CGCGGGCACAGCCCGGCACAGUGAUGCGAAAAGUGUUGACGGGAGGUGAGCGGAGGCGAAGAAGUGGAACCUAAAAACAAAAGAUGACAGACGGAUAAAAGAGAGGGACUUUUACAAUUAAAACGUCAUAAUAACUACAGCAGGCCUGUAUUUUCUACAAUAACUGCCGAUCCAUGUUUCCAUUUUACGCAGACCGUAAAUAAAGAGGAGUGGAUGCUUUUUAAAUUAACCUUUUUAUUCCGGAUUGUGACAAGUCCCAGGACAGGACCAGGAGUACAGUAGAGGACCUUUGUGGAGUGUUCGCUUAUAGCCUGCCUUUAAAACGGUAGGGAAGAAGGACUUCUCACCAUCCACCCACCUGACGGAACAUUCACGUCUGUUUUGUCCCCAACCCCGGAGCCAAGACGUUGCUGCGUGGAGAGCCGCGUGGCCCCAGACCCAUCACCGGAGCCCGCGUGGGAAGGUCGGCCCUCGGUGUCCUCCAGACCGGUGGGAUGAUGGUCCACUGCGCGGGGUGCGACAGGCCCAUCUUGGACCGGUUCUUGCUGAACGUGUUGGACCGAGCCUGGCACGCAAAGUGCGUCCAGUGUUGCGAGUGUAACUGUAAUCUGACAGAGAAGUGCUUCUCUCGGGAGGGAAAGCUCUAUUGUAAAAUUGACUUUUUCAGGAGGUUUGGGACUAAGUGCGCGGGCUGUCUCCAAGGCAUCUCUCCCAGCGAUCUGGUACGGAAAGCGCGCAGCAAGGUGUUCCAUCUCAACUGCUUCACGUGCAUGGUGUGCAACAAACAGCUGUCCACCGGCGAAGAGCUCUACGUCAUCGACGAAAAUAAGUUUGUUUGCAAAGAAGACUAUCUGAGCUCAGGCGCUAUCAAGGAAGUUAACUUGAAUUCAGUGUCAUCAUGCACAGACAGAAGUUUAUCGCCGGACCUCCAGGACCCGAUAGGCCUACAGGACGACACAAAAGAGACAGACAAUUCCACGUCCUCAGAUAAGGACACGAACAAUAACGAGAAUGAGGAGCAGAAUUCGGGCACGAAGCGACGAGGCCCGCGAACCACCAUCAAAGCCAAGCAGCUGGAAACGCUGAAGGCUGCCUUUGUGGCCACUCCAAAACCCACCCGACACAUCCGGGAACAGCUGGCCCAGGAGACUGGACUUAACAUGCGGGUUAUACAGGUGUGGUUCCAGAACCGUAGGUCCAAGGAACGGAGGAUGAAGCAGUUGAGCGCUUUGGGGGCCCGGCGGCAUGCCUUCUUCAGAGGGCCCCGGAGGAUGAGGCCCCUGGGAGGACGACUGGAGGACCCAGACAUUCUGGGGCCUGGUGCAUAUGGAUACUACACAGAGUACCAGGGCGACUACUACGGAGGAGGGGGGGGGAACUACGACUUCUUCCCCCACGGCCCGCCCUCUUCUCAGGCUCAGUCUCCGGCAGAAUCCCCCUACAUCCAUGGAGGCCCCAUGGAGGGCUCCGUGUCGGCCCACCACCCCGCUGACGACCGCAGGUUCACGGACAUGAUCUCCCACGCAGACACACCCAGCCCCGAGCCUGGCCUGCCCAACUCCCUGCAGCCUGUCCCCGGGGAGGUGUACGGAGGGGGCCCCAGCCCACCAUUCUCCCUGGCCAGUAACUCCAGCUACAGUGCCCCUAUGUCCCACCCCAGCCAGGAGAUGGGAGAGACCACAGUCUGGUAGACCAGGGGGGUGUC